AUGCAGCUAUUCGACGUGUUCACCAGAUGGCGACCACUCCCAGCCGAUGAACGGACUAAACCAGAGAUCAAGCGACAGUACGAGGAGCGCAGCAACUCUCCGUUAUCAAUCGCUUUGGCUUCAACAAACUCCAGCGACCGCCCAUGGAAAAGUGGAGCCGCAUUCACACAAGUCUUUGAAACCGGGGACAACAACAAGACUGUCUUUGAUGCCACAGUAGCUCCCGUGCUCUCGAAAGUCCUCGAUGGCGGUUCGUGCAACUUCUUUGCGUACGGUCACUCGGGGAGCGGUAAAUCGCAUACAAUCAUUGGAUAUGACUUCGAGAAUGUGGACGAAUUCGGGCUAUGUCUAUCGGCGGCUCGCCAUCUCAGCGAAGUACUGAAGGACCUCAACGCACAGGACGACGACACAGCUUCGCAACUAGGCAUUGGACUCCGCAUGUAUGAGCUCCGGGGUAAUACGGCUUUCGACCUUCUCAAUGGACACUGCAAGUGCCAUGUUCGCGAAGGGUACGAUGGACAGACACACAUCCGUGGCGAGACGGAGGUGUUCGAGGAUGGCCGGGUCAGGGUCCAGCCGAUCGUCACCAAGGCGUGCUGGACCUUCGAGGAACUUCGAAAAGAGCUUCUAAAUGGGUUAGAGCUGCGAGCGACUGGAACUUCGACUGUUCACAACCAAAGUUCCCGCACGCACGCAGUCCUGGAGCUUGAGAUUGUUACGAGAGGCCUACUCGAUGCACGCGCUGCUGUCAUCGAGCGACAAUCCGAAUUAGUCCCGGUUGCGAAGCGUGCCACCGACAUAUACUUGGCCGAGAAUUCCAAGGGGUUCAUUCAAACGCCAGAGGGAAAAUACGUUCCGAACCCAGAUUAUCAGAUUGACCAGGCUAGCAUCGACGCGGCGGAAGCGGAGAAAGCUAAGUUUGAGUCGUACGUGAAGAAGGCGGAGGAAAAUGUCGAGGAAGUCUUUGCAUCAUGCCAGAAACCAUGCCUUGGGGGAAAGCUGACUUUUGUCGAUUUGGCCGGAUCGGAGUAUUAUCAUGACAAGACGGCUCCCUCUCUUCCCAGGCCGAAACAGACUCCCCAGGAGCAACGCGAAGGCCGGCAGAUCAAUACCGACCUCCUCGCUCUUAAGGAAGUCAUCCGCGCGAGGGCAUCAAAGCAAGCCCGUAUUCCGUAUCGGUCUUCUCCGCUGACAAUGGUGCUUCGUGGUCACUUCCAAGGCAGCGAUGCAAAGGACAGCUACUCGGCAAUGAUUCUCACAUCACCAUAG